AUGGCUACAUCUCUUGCAGAACAACUAAAGAAAUUAAAAACACCUCAAACAAAAAUACUACAGCAGGAUAAAAAACGUGCUAGCUUGUUAUUUGAUCCUAGAGAAGCUGCUAAUUUAGACAAAGAAACAGUUCUAAGUAUAGGUCAAAAUGGAUUGCAAGAGUUGAUUAAGCUAUCAGAUGUAUUUUUAGAAUUUAAGCAAACUCUUUUUGCACAAAGUUCACUGAGCCUUGAACGUGCUAUACAAGACAUUAAAGUUAACAAAAAAUUAGAUGGAGAGAUUGAGAGGUUUCUCAUCUUUUUAUCUCCUUAUUUCUUACUUAAUAAUGCCCAUAAAGCUCUUGAAUGGUUAAUAUGUAGAUUUCGCAUACAUGAAUUUAAUAGAGAUCAAUUUUUACUUUUGAUAUUACCUUAUCAUGAAACUCGAAUGUUCGUUAGGGCAUUGCAAUUAUUAGAUUUAUCUGAUGAAGCUGAUAAUUGGCAUUGGUUAGAACCUCUUCAAAGGCCUGGAAUUCCCUUGGCUUCUAUAACAUUAAUCAAUCGUCUUGGUUCCAAUAAUGCUUUGUUAAAAUUAAUUUGUAAUCAUGUAACUACUGCCACUAGAAUACAUUCAGAGCGAGCAUCUUCUUUAAAUACUUUAUAUGCAUUUUAUACAACUUCAAUAUUAGGAAUUCUUGAUCAAUUAUCUACUAUUUCUGAUGUACAAAUGGGUCAUAUGUUACCAACUAUUUUGAAAGGCUUAGAAAGUUCUAUCUCCGAUUUUGUAGCUAGCACUUAUAUGAUCCUAGCAAAAUUAAUGUUCAAAGAGAAACUGAACAGUGAAACCAUGGAGAAAUUACUUUUGAAAAUAUUUAAAAAAACAUACUUAAAAGAGGAAGCGUUGCUCUUGUUAUUUGUCUUGUACAAUGUACCAGUUCAUCCGCUGACUAGUGUCCCACAAAGUCUUGCUACACGACUAUCAGAAUUGUCCUGGUUCAUUGAACUCGCAAUCAAACUUCAGUCAUCCAACGUGAACAUAUUAAAAUUCAUUGUACCAUUACUACAAACAAGUUGUCGCAUGAUCGUGGGUAAUCCGCCAGAAAAUAAAUUGCAGAAAAUGGUGAAUGAAAUAUUAACACGAAUAAAGCUGAACAAUAGUGGAGUGGAUACCAUCUUAUGGAACAUAUUGCAGAAGGAACUCCUUUCAAAUGACAUGACAAAUGAGGCGAGAGAUUUCCUAAUAAAAUUAUAUCAUACUUUUGAAAGAAUGUAUCCUGAAAGAUUCGAUGAUUAUUUGAAGGGAUUAAUAAAACAUAGCGAUAUAGACAACAAUUCCAAAUUGGCGUUACAGUUUGUCACAUCUUGGCAUUUUGGAGCCAAAGAUACGCAAGAAGUCGUUGGUAUACUUGAUAAAUUGAUUCAUAUCAAUCCAGUUCAAAGAAUUAUGGGAUUGGAAAUGUUGGCUAAUUCUAAUGUAAAUAUUCCUGAAAGCUUUCAAGAAAUGAUGACAAACACGAUACAAUCUAGAUUUAGCGAUACAGAAGUAGAUGUUAUUAGAGCUUUGCUCUCUAUUCCUACAGAACGUCUAACAACACUUCUAUCUACAGACAUAUUGAUCGAUGAAUUAAAAGUAUUACUAUCUACUUGUCACAGUAGUAGCAGAAAAAUACUAGCAAAACCGGCGUUGAAAAUCCUCUUGAAACUCUGUGGAGCUGGAGAUGAUACUAGCGUUUUUAUUAUAUCUUUGCCAUAUUUGUUUCCAAAUGAUAAUGCAGACGUAGAUAUUGCAAUGGAGGUAUUAAGAUCAAAUUUUGCCAGGAACAAUAUUUACAUGCAGCAUGUACAAAAAGAUUUAGGAAAAUCACCGAAUGCAGAAGCAGUUUCAUCAACAUCUUUUCACAACAUAUUAAAUUGGGAAUUAUUACCUCCAACAGACAGCAUAUUGAGCGUUAUGAAGCAACAAAUCUCUCAUGGUGAUGCAGCUUCCAUGUUUUUCAAUCUAAUUUUAUUAGGUUCCGUAUGUAGAGUUCCCGUUGGGUCGUUAGAACCGCAAAUAGCUCGAGAGGUAAUAGAAAUGGCCACAGCGAUGAUCAAAAAAUUCCCACAAGUGAAAUUAUUACAGAAUUGCAAUAAUAUUACGGGAAAUAAUAUACAAAUGGCCAUUGAAUUGACUUCUCAAGGUGUUCUACCAUUACAAGUAGGUACUUACGUUUUGGAAAUGGUUCACAGGCGUCUUAAUCUAAAAUCAAAUCCGAUAUUUGAUUUCGAGAAUAAUCAAUAUCGUAGUAAUCUGAUUUUGAGGCUUCUUGAGAUGUUUUUUGAAGGAAUAGACAAUGUAUAUUGGUGCAAACAUUAUUCCCGUUGCCUACAAAUAUUUUUCCAGAGACAUUUCUCCACAAUCAAGGAUCUUAUCCAUUUUCUUUCUCAAUUAUAUAUAAAACCUGUGAAGAUACAAACGUCCUAUCACUGUUUGAAAAUAACUGAAGUGUUGUUGAAUCAGUGCAAAUGUACUCAAUGGGCAUUUGACGAUAAAAUAUUUGUCACGAAUUUGUUGCUUUCAUUAGCUAGAGAGAAUAAUGAAUGUCGAAUAAUAUCAUUAAAAAUUCUUAAAAAGCUCUUAAGCGCUGCUCACUUAAUGGUGGAUCCUUUUCCUUCUUUGCUGCAAGAACUUGUCGUCAGAAGUCCAGAAAUAUCUUUAGAUCCUGAUCAAUUAUCUUUGUCUCUUUAUAUUCUGUUAUCACCUGAUCCAGAUGUAUGUGGACAAUUGAAGUCAGAUUUACGAAAAAGGCUUCAACAAGCGCAACAAAUGUUAUUUGAAAUUGUUACCGACCAAGAGACUCCUUUGCACAUUAAAUCGCAAUUACUUGAUAUUCUGGUUUACGUCAACGGACCCACUAUACUUCAACAAUUGGUUCCUCUUGGAUUACAACUUCUAAAAAUGCUUCAAACUGAUCCUAAAAAUAAGUCUGCAGGAAAUUUGUUGAAAAACAUACUUCAGAGAUUCAAUAGCACAACAAUAAAGGCGCUUAACGUUGAACAAGUAUGGAAAUUAUUUGAAGCCAGCAUAGAGGAACAUAAAAUUGAAAUAAUCACAGAAUCUAGAACGCAGUAUCCGCCAAGUGUGAUUCUUUUAAAACAAAUAGGAAGUACUUUCUUUCAAGUGGCUGGAGAAACGUCUAACGAUCUUCAGAAAAGAAUUCUAUCUAAAUUAGUAGACAUAGCCACCAAUUGUGAAAUAGGAAAUGUUAUUUCUUCAGCUAAUAGAGCGAUAAGGAAGAUUCGCGUGAAUGCACAACUCAUAGUCGAUGAACUUCAAAUUAUGAAAAAUCUUAAGAAUGCUGAAUCAAAUGAUGCUAAAAUUAAGAAUAAAAAACGACUCAGUCAUGCCCAUGCUUUUCCCAAUCCAACUAUUAUCAAUGGAAGAGAAUGGAAACGCGGCAUGACUCUCUUAGAAUUCGUUCAACAAGCGGAUAAUAUCGAACACGAGGAAUUACUCUAUCCAAUUUUAUUUGAUUUGCUGAAGACAUGCCUCAGUUUCGAGGAACAGAGUCCUAUAGAAUAUAUGAACCAACUAUUAUUAUCCACCAUUCAUCGAUUAGCAGUGAAGAAGCUGCCUAUUCGCGAUGCCCAUCUUCAAGUAGAUUUAAUCACACAGUGCAUUAGAACUUCAAGAAAUCCUCAGACUCAUCAUCACGCUUUAUUAGUUCUGGUAGAGUUGUUGAAAAUUGUUGAUAUACGGUGUGCUCUUUACACCAUCAUGCCUAUUUUCACAUUUAUGGGAAGUACUGUGGUUCGCCAGGACGAUGCUUAUUCCAUACAAAUAAUCUCGAAGACUAUCGAAACUGUGGUACCCAUAAUAAACGCGGCUGAGAAUGAAACUCACGCUUGCGAAGUCUUAAGAACGUUUAUCGUUUCAUUACCAGAUAUUCCAGAACAUAGACGAACUCCGUUAUUUGUAAAGUUAUUACAAUUAUUGGAUAAUCAUUUUCAUUUAUAUUACUUAUUGAGUUUCGAGAGUCACGUUCUGUCGAGAACCAUGUCUAUUACAAAUCAGAAGACACCUGGACAAAGAUUAGAAUUCGCUUUGCAGGUGUCCCAAGAAUUUCCACCUACAAAACUUAUUCAAGUUUGUGUGAAAUUACUUCAGUUUAUGAAAGAACUGCCUAUAGAUAUUGAAGAAGAGGAAGGUAGAAAAGCUGCAAUGUCUUUUAAACAUAAAUAUAUUUUUGAUGUUGGCACUAACAGUCCUAAACAUUUAAAACAUUAUAAAUAUACCCUGAUUCAAUUUUUAAGUAAUCUAUUAUCAUCGCCUGAUUUUAUUAAUAAAGUUGCUGAACUCAAUGUUACCGAAGUAAAUAACGUAAGACCAUAUUAUGAUCAAUUGAUCGUGGAAGUAAUCGUACUAAUUCAAAGUACCUCGAAGAAUGCCGAUAAACAUCAUGGAAAACCAACUGCAAAAUAUUGGAAGGUUCUUUUGCAUCAUUUGUAUGAUGUUCUAGAUUUGAUGAAUAACUUAUUACCGAAUGGAAUAUUUUUGAUCAGUAUCAAACGUUUGAUAGAACACAAUCUACCGACAGUAAAGAGGAAAGCCUUAGAGCUUCUUAAUACACGUCUUCAACAAAGAAAGUUUAAUAAAGAGAAUCAUGAAGAAUUGUUACAAUUGAUUGAAUCUUUAUUGAAGAUAAUACCAGCAAAAGUAAAAUCUGAAACACAGGAACAGGAGAUUGUUCAACAAACUGUUUUGAUUACUAUAAAAUUGCUGGCGAAAUUGUUGGCUAGUGAUUAUCCUACAUUAUUCAAGCCGAUACUUGAGAUGACUACCGAACUUUUAAGUUCAAGAGAAGGGCCAGUAUUAGGCAGCGCUGCUCUUUGUGUCGCGGAAUUAUGCAGUUCUAUGCGUAUUCAUGCAAUACACUCGUUGAACAAAUUUGUACCAGCGAUCCUGCAAUUGUUAGAGGAUCACUGUAAUCAAGAUAUGCCGGACGUAGUAGCUGUCAGUAUAGUUAGCGCAUUACAAAAGAUCGUCGAAUCUGUAGGAAACUUUUUGUCUUUGUAUUUGGAUCAAUUACUGUUUGAAUUAGCAAGAUUAAGUUCUCUGUACACCGAUACGGAACAUCAAAAGAUUGGCAUCAUGGUAUCACGAUUAAAUGCAACAACUCAAAAAUUAUCUUCCUGCAUACCUUUGCGAAUACUAUUACCAGCUGUUAAUAGAACAUAUACAACAUUACUAGCGAAGAAAUCAUAUCAACGUGUUCCAGCACUGAUGAAUGUGCUAGUAGAAUCAUUCAACAGCGCUUCGCCAAAUGAUAUAAACGCAGCUAUAUCAGAUUUAGGCACGUUUUUCCUGAAGGUCUUACAAUUUCGUGAAGAUAUUUCAAAUACUGAGAAUGAUAUGGAGAUAGAUGAAUCGGAAUUAACGAUGAAGGAUGUAGUGAUUAUAGAAAAAAACGCCAGUAAAGCAUUGGUUGCUUUAACAUUGAAAUUGAGCGAGACUACCUUUAGGCCACUUUAUUAUAAGCUUUACGAUUGGGCUGCUAGAAAUCCACAGCAUAAGCAACGAAGUAUCACUUUCUAUAGUCUUUCAGCUAAUAUAGCGGAGUGUUUGAAAUCUCUUUUCGUUCUUUUCGCUGGUCAUUUUCUCAAGCAUGCAGCAAUGUUGUUAAGUAGUAAUAAUCCAGCGCUUAUAGAAGAACCACAGGAGAUGACUCUGCCUCAAGAAUCCAGCAAAAUUGAGUUGAUAGAAGCUAUUUUGUUGACUCUUUAUCGAGUCUUCAGUUAUGACGCUCAUAAUUUUGUCAAUCAAGAGAGAUUUGAAAUACUGGCUCAACCAAUUGUGGAUCAAUUAGAGAAUACUUUAGGCACCAUAGAGGAUUAUGAGAAGAGGGCAAAUGAGUUAAUAGUACCUUGCAUAGCAGCCUUUGCCAGUGCCAUUCCCGACGAUUCUUUACACAAACAAUUAGUGUAUCAGACGCUGCUGAAGACAAGACACUCGAAACCAUAUGUUAGAAGUGCUGCUUUGAACGCAUUGGUUGAAAUUGUAAGGAAGCUUGGCGAAGAUUUCAUGCCACUUCUACCAGAAACUAUACCUUUCUUAGCCGAAUUGUUGGAAGACGAGGAUGAAGCUACGGAGAAGAAUGCACAAAACGCAGUACGCAUUCUAGAAGAAAUUCUAGGUGAACCUUUGCAAAAAUAUUUUUAAUUUAAUUUGUAGAAAUAUUUGAUAAAUAUAAAUGUUAUUUUUCUACAAGAAGAAUUUAACAAAAUAUUUAGAAAGACAAAAAUAUUAUGAAAACAUCAGUUUAUUCUUAACUUAUUCACAAUUUGGACGAAAUAUAGAAUAUAUUAUUUCCUUACAUUAUAAUACAUUAUCGUAAUGUACGUGUACGUGUGUAUGUGUGUGUCUGAAUGUACGCGUAGAAUAUCGUGGCAGCAGAUAACUAGGCGCCUGAUUUUUUAAAUAUUGACAGCAAUUAUUACGAGCGGCGACGAGCACAUUUAUAGUCUUUUCUUCGAGAGCAUCUCCGAAUUUCGUACGUGUAGA